CACACCUAUUCAUAAGGUUCACUCACUCCUUCAACCUAUAUAAACACCCACCAAGUCAUCAAAAUUUCCAUACCCAAACAGCCAUGGAUCGAUCUUCAUCCUUCUUCUUUAUCAUCCUUCUCUUGAAUUUCUUCCUUUUUGUCACUUCCACUCAAGUUUCCUACACUAACAGAGGAAUCACCAUUGAUGGCCAACCCAAGAUAUUUCUCUCCGGUUCAAUCCACUACCCACGUAGCACUCCCCAAAUGUGGCCUGAUUUGAUAAAAAAAGCUAAAGAAGGUGGAUUAGACACCAUUGAAACUUACGUUUUUUGGAAUGCUCAUGAACCCGUCCGGCGUCAAUAUGAUUUCUCUGCUAAUCUUGAUCUUGUUAGAUUCAUUAAGACCAUUCAAAAUGAAGGUCUUUACGCUGUUCUUCGUAUCGGUCCAUACGUUUGUGCCGAGUGGAAUUACGGAGGAUUUCCGGUUUGGUUGCAUAAUCUUCCUGGAAUUGAGGAACUAAGAACAACGAAUCCUGUGUUCAUGAACGAGAUGCAAAAUUUUACUACAUUGAUUGUGGAUAUGAUGAAACAAGAGAAUCUUUUCGCAUCGCAAGGAGGGCCCAUAAUUCUAGCUCAAAUUGAGAAUGAAUAUGGAAACGUAAUGACAUCAUACGGCGACGCUGGAAAAGCUUAUGUGAGUUGGUGUGCAAACAUGGCAGAUUCGUUGAAUGUUGGAGUUCCAUGGAUUAUGUGUCAGCAAGAGGACGCUCCCGAGCCGAUGAUCAAUGCCUGCAAUGGUUGGUACUGUGAUCAAUUCACUCCCAACAGUCCUAAAAGCCCGAAAAUGUGGACGGAGAAUUGGACGGGAUGGUUCAAGAGCUGGGGUGGAAGCGACCCGGUUAGAACCCCCGAAGAUUUGGCUUUCUCCGUCGCUAGAUUCUUUCAACUCGGCGGCACUUUCCAGAACUACUACAUGUACCACGGCGGAACGAACUUCGAUCGGAUGGCGGGUGGUCCGUACAUCACCACGACUUACGAUUACAACGCUCCAUUAGAUGAAUAUGGGAAUUUGAAUCAACCCAAAUACGGUCAUUUGAAGCAACUUCACGCUGCAUUGAAGUCGAUAGAAAAGGCCUUGAUUUCCGGCAAUGUCACCACCACCGAUUUGGUCGACUCUGUUUCAAUCACUGAAUACGCAACCGACGAAGGGAAGAGUUGUUUCUUUAGCAAUAUAAACGAAACGACCGAUGCGUUGGUGAAUUAUCUCGGUAAAGACUUCAACGUUCCGGCUUGGUCCGUCAGCAUUCUUCCUGAUUGUCAAGAGGAAGUUUACAAUACAGCAAAGGUAAACACACAGACCUCUGUUAUGGUGAAGAAAGAAAACAAGGCCGAGGACGAACCGGAGGUUUUGGAAUGGAUGUGGCGACCGGAGAAUAUCGACUCCACCGCUAGAUUAGGUAAAGGACAUGCCUCUGCAAAUAAGCUUAUUGAUCAAAAAGAUGCUGCAAAUGAUGCUAGUGAUUAUCUUUGGUACAUGACAAGUGUUAAUUUGAAGAAACGUGAUCCAAUUUGGAGCAAUCAAAUGACUUUGCGUAUCAAUGUAAGUGGACAUAUCGUCCAUGCUUUUGUCAAUGGAGAACACAUUGGUUCUCAAUGGGCUUCUUAUGAUGUUUAUAACUACAUCUUUGAGCAAGAAGUGAAAUUGAAGCCAGGAAAGAACCUAAUCUCUCUACUCAGCGCCACGAUCGGACUCAAGAACUAUGGACCUCAGUAUGAUCUAAUCCAAUCUGGAAUCGUUGGUCCGGUUCAACUUGUCGGUCGCCACGGCGACGAGACGGUCAUAAAGGAUCUCUCCAACCAUAAAUGGACAUAUGAAGUUGGAUUACACGGUUUCGACAACCACCUAUUCAGCCUAGAAUCUCGAUUCGCCACGAAAUGGCAAUCAGGGAAUUUGCCCGUGAAUAGAAUGAUGACGUGGUACAAGACUACCUUCAAACCACCAUUGGGGACGGAGCCUGUCACCCUAGACUUGCAAGGGUUGGGCAAAGGAAUGGCUUGGGUGAACGGACAUAGCAUCGGUCGUUACUGGCCGAGCUUCAUAGCCAAGGACGAAUGCAGUGACGAGCCAUGUGACUAUCGAGGCUCCUACAGCAACACCAAAUGCGUAAGGGACUGUGGGAAACCGACACAACAGUGGUACCAUGUUCCCAGAUCGUGGCUUAACGAAGGAGACAACACAUUGGUUUUGUUCGAGGAAUUCGGAGGUAACCCGUCAUUGGUGAACUUCAAAACUAUUACAAUGGAGAAGGCUUGUGGUCAUGCUUACGAGAAGAAGAGCCUGGAAUUGUCCUGUCAAGGAAAGGAGAUUUCAGGGAUUAAAUUUGCAAGUUUUGGUGAUCCAACGGGCAGUUGUGGGAAUUUCUCAAAGGGAAGUUGUGAAGGAAAAAAUGAUGCAAUGAAAAUUGUUGAAGAUCUGUGUGUUGGCCAAGAAUCUUGUGUUGUUGAUAUCUCUGAAGAUACCUUUGGAGCUACUAAUUGUGCUCUUGGUGUUGUAAAGAGGCUUGCUGUUGAGGUUGUUUGUUAGAUAGAACUUAGCUAAUAAUUCUUUUUAGGGUUGAGAAUUUCGUAGUGUUCUUUCUUUGUUAAUCAAUAAAGUUAAAUGAGUUUAGUUUUGUUCUAAUGAUUCUGGUAUUUAUUUAUUUAUAAUACAAAAAAUGUGAUUCUUUUUUA